AUGCGAAAUGGAUGCCGACCGUAUGUGGAAAUAUUUGAAGGGAAGACCAAAGUAUACUCAACUUACGCAGAAUACGACAAUUUAAGAUCCUAUGUUCUUGAAGAUGGAAAGAUCCAAAUACUUUUGAAUGGAUUAACUGUUUUAGGUGAUCUUACAGUUAUCAUUUAUCAUUGUCGAUCUUCAUUUGCUGGACGUGGAAAGAUCAGUUCAGUGAAGAUUGCUCAGUUUCAAUUACACACUGGAUUUGUAGAACAUAAUUUAACUGAACUAAUUUAUUUUAAAUCCGAUUUAGAUCAUCUAGAUAAUAGUAGCAGCUUUGCCGGUUUCACUAGUCGUUAUGCUGAAAGUUUUCAUGUUACAUUGGAAUUUAUGGUUUCACCAACUGAAAGACCAAGACAAAGUGACAACCUUGUUUAUCCAUGGGAAACUCUGCCAUCAAAUGAUUUACUUAGUCCUAAACUUUGUGUAUCAAAUCAUGAUGAACUGAAAAAUAUUUUAUCUGAUUACGGACGUUUUAAUCAUAAACCAUCAACUCGAAUGUAUGAAAAAAAUAGUUCAGAACCUAAUCAAUCAAAUAAUCCAUCAGAAAAAGAUUUUAUAACCACUAAUAUUAAUAGCGAUGAAUCAUGUAAUUCAACAGAUCAAUUCACUACAAAUUUGUUUACUACUACUCAUACCAUCGGUGGUAGUACGGUUAAUUUAAAACAAAAUACAGAAAUUAAUGAUAUUUUAGUCUCAGAUUUAAUCAAUGAUAAUGAUAUGCCAACGAAUCAUAAUUAUACUUAUUCAUCAACUUCUUCUGAUCAUUCAAAACAACUUAACUACAAUUUAUUAAGUGAUAAAUUCGGUGGGGAUUUUUUUUCAUCAUCCAAGAAUCAAGAUAAUAAUAAUAUGGAGGCAUGUUCUGAUGAUCUGCUUGGAUUCCAUGUUGAAUCUUCAUUUCCAAACACUGACACUGCUGCUACUUCUCCCACUACUACUUCUAAUACUGAUGAUCCUAUUUUAAUUGAUGUAGCACAGAAUCCUUUUGUAAUUUUUAAUAAAAAUUCACUAGAUGAAAUUAUUACUACAUCAACAACUAGUCAGCAUUAUAUUUCCGAUGAUUUAAAACAAACUGAUCAAAAAUCAUUUGUUGAUGAUUUAUUUAAUUUCAACUCAUCAGUUGAAGUCAAUUCAGAAACUGGUCUUGGUUGGGAGAAUGUAUUUAGUAUCACGUCAUCAGAAAGCACAAAGACCACUACUAUCAUCACCACAAGCCAUAGUACUACUACAAACAACAUUGGCUUAUCCAAUAAUCCUUUUGAUCCAUUUGGUUUAGCCACAUCAGAAUUAUCUGAUUUCUUUUCAGUACCAAAUUCUUAUAUAUCAAGUGAAAACAACUCGACUACUGUCACUACUACCAUCCUUACUAAUCAAACUGCCGCUACUGCCUAUUCUUCUCCUCCUCCAACUACUAAUACUAAUACUACUACUAGCAAAGAUUACUUUGGACAACAAGGUGGUCAUCUAAGUGCCAGCGCCAGUGCUAAUAAUUUCAAUCCGCUCUUUACAUCAGCUUCUUUUACAAAUUUGUCUCCUAACGUUGAAACUAUUCCAGACAAGACUACUACCACAGCAACUACUACUACUACUAACGGCAUCAAGAAUCAUGAUCGCCUAGAUCCAUUUGCAGAUUUUGCUGAUGUACUUCGAGAUCGAUUAAAUAAUCAAAAUUUUUCCAGUACUAAUGCUACAAAUAAUGAUAAUACAUAUACCCCACUAUCAUCAAAUAGAUCAUCCACAAACUUGGGUGGUUUUUCUGCUGGUCCCAGUCCAGCACAUCAUUUUAAAUCUAGUAUCGACUCAAAUUUUAUGAACAACUCUUCAAAUCAUAAGGAAAGUCCUGAUAAUUUUUUCCAUGGUUAUGAGAAAUCUGGUCAAUCGUAUUCUUCCUGCUCCAAUUUUCCUAAUACUACCACUUCUACUACUACUACUUCUGGAUCUACAUCAAUACCAACUAGUGGAGGAACUGGUGCUAGACCUCAUGUCAAUAAAGAUGCAUUUUCUGAUUUACUUGGUGGAUUUGGUUCUUCUCGAACAAACAACACAGAUGAUAAUAAACAACCAAAAACAGUAAAUCAGAUUCGUCGUGAAAAAAUGGCUAAAACUGUCGAUCCUGAACAACUGAAAGUCUGUGAUUGGGCUGAGGGUAAAGAUCGAAAUCUUCGAGCAUUAUUAUGUUCACUACCGGCCAUAUUAUGGGAUGGAGUACAAUGGAAUCAUGUUGGUAUGGCUGAUCUAAUAACGCGGGAACAAGUAAAACGUCAGUACCGGAAAGCUGCUCGUGUAGUUCAUCCUGAUAAGUGGAUGAGUACAUCACACGAGAAUAUCGCACGUCUAGUAUUCGUUGAAUUAAAUGACGCUAUGGCUGAAUUUGACAAAAAUUUUAACAACUCAUCGGUCAAUAUGAAUUUUUAA